CAGAGUGUCGAGAGAUCUUCUGUGAUCCACCAUCUAUUCAAAAUGCAGUUAUUGAUGAAACCAGCAGGUCACCAGCUUACAGAUACCAAACCUCAAUCAAAAUUAGGUGUAAUCCAGGCUACAGAAUAAUGGGGUCUGAAUAUAUGACCUGUGGGAAUGACGGAUGGACUCCAGCUCUCCCACGGUGUGUUGAGAUGACCUGUGAUGCACCCAGGAUUAACAAUGCAGUCAUAGUUAGUAGAAGAUAUACGGUAUUCACUGAACGGUAUAGAUAUGGCGCUUUCAUCCAGUUAAGAUGUAAUAAAGGCUACAGAAUGGAGGGGUCUGACAGGCUAAAGUGUGAGGAAAAUGGAUGGAAUCCACCUCCUCCACAGUGCAGCGUUAUUACCUGCUUAGAACCUGAUCAUAUAACCAAUGGUCAAUUUAUCCCCCUGAAGGCCUUGUACAAAUAUGGAGAAACAAUCAUAUACAAUUGUGUGGAAGGUUUUAAACUUUAUGGAUCUCCAACAAUUUCAUGUUCUGAUGAUGGAACGUUUGAGACGUCUCUUCCAGAGUGUCGAGCAAUCGGCUUCUAAUGGCGAAUGAUCCACAUGUCGACUGGCAGAUGAGAGUUUCUCUGACUAAGAUGAAACAUGAUAUCAUACAAUAAAUUGAAUAAAAAAAUCAUUUUAAAAUAAUGGACACAUUCUUUAGAGUGCAUUGUGCAAAUUAAAAACUGAUAAUACAGCUUACACUCAUGUCACAGGUAGUCUUAAAAGUAACUUUUAAAGAAAGUAACGAAGAUAUACAAUGUGGAAAAGAGAAUGGCACUAGAAAACUGAAAACUCAGUGGCAAAAACAUGACAUUCAAAUAAAUUUUAUUGAAAGAUUUAGCUGUGAACAAGUUUUUUUUUCCACAAAUUGUCUUAGCUUUAAUGUUUGUGUCUCGUUAUGGGAUACGCCCCUUCUGCAUAUACCUUAGAAGCCUAAUAAAAUGACACCAACCCAUAUUAGCUGGCAGACAUGAUACUUGUGUACGAGAAUGGCUCUAUAAAAGGGCAGCGACACACUUUCAUAUCCUAAUGGGUUUCCAGAGCAGAAGCCUGUUUGACCCAGAAAAAGCUAUCCACCUGUCACUGCCCAGAUGAUCCAGCUGGCCCAUCAAUCUGUUUAGAGUGUGAAGAGGAAGAAUAAUGCCUGUUGGUGUUUUGCCAAGAAAAGGGAGCCCACAACCCUCAGUGUGCUGGAUCCUACCUCUCA